GCGGCGCUCCGCCUUCGUGCUGAGUUUCAGGACCUGGGCAUUGCCGUGUUCGACGGCUCCAUCCUCGACAGCCUCUGGGAAGAAGCCAGCCUCCAGACGGACAUGGGCUACAACCUCAUGGCCAUGAUCGAGCAGCUUGCGGUCGAACAUGCCAUGGGGGACCCCCAGGCCAGCAAGUUGAAGUGGGGCGAAUGCACCGAGCUGACCUUCGAGCGGCAGGGGUCCAUCGCCCACGAGCGCCCCAUGUCUUGGGAGACUGGGGACUGGGCGCUCAAGCCCAUCACGAUCGACGAUAUCAAGCUGGUGGCCCGAAAGUUCCCCAACGCCACGCGCAUGGGGUGGAGCAACUUCCAUCCUCGGUUGCUGCUGGAGGUCGGAGACGAUGCCCUGUUCAGGCUUGCCAGCUUGCUCAAUUCUUGCGGGCGCAACCCGCAUUGUGGCGAGCUCUGGGCCAUCAUCAUGGUUCCCCGACCGAAGCCCGACGUUGGCCAGCGGCCCAUCAGGCCCAUGCCGAUGCUCGCCAGGAUCUGGUCCCGCAUGCGACUGAGGGAAUGUGCCAAGUGGGAGCGGCCCAUUGACCAGCAGGCCUUCUGGGGCAACUCCUCAUCUCGAGGGUGUGAUGAGGCGGCCAGGCUCCACGACAUUUUCGCGGCCCACGCGAAGCCCCCCCUCGAGGCGGCUGGGUCCUUCUACGCCGACUUAUCCAAUUACUACGAGCACAUCGGGCACUGCGAGCUCAAGGUCGCGGCGCAGGCGCGGGGCUUCGACGUGUGGCUGUUACGCGCGCUGCGUUGCACCUAUCGGGCCCCUCGGAGGGCCCGCGUCGGCACCUGCCUCAGCGACGCCGUCGCGGCGAACGGCGCAGUGGUGGCAGGCUGCUCGUGUGCCGCGGCGUUGGCCAAGCUCCUCCUCAUUUCGGCCCUCAGGGCAGCGGCCUUGGCGGCUCCCGUCGCCGGGGUCCUCAACGUAGUCGACGAUGUCUCGUGCCAUGCGGCUGGGCCUUGCACCAUGGUAGCCCAGCAGCUGGCCGCUGCCUAUCGAGCCUUCUGCGCGAAGAUGGAGGAUGCCAACCUGCCGCUCAGCAGGAACAAGACCAAGGCGUUGGCUACCAGCAGCAAGCUCCGCGACGCCCUCAAGAGCCAGCCUGGCUGGGACAUCGCGGAGGGCGACUUCGUAGGCCGCUCCACGCCGAGGGAGGAAGCUAACCGGACUGUUCAGGCCCUCGAUCAGUCGAGCGAGGGUCUUCAGAGCAGGCCCCUCUGCGAAAGCCUCUUCGGCUCGGCGAUCAUGGUGGUGCCCAGCGGCCGCCUCCGUCGGCUCCGCGUCGGGGCAACCAGGGCGAGAGGCCGACUGGCCCGCGGGGCCGCCCUGGGACUCGCCAGCCUUGGCCAGUCAGGUGGCUGGAAGCGGGGCCCCCUGGCGAUCGUCGCCAAGACGGCGCUGAUGGCCUACGUCGAGAUGGUCUGGGCCCCCCUGCUCCCCGAGGCGGCGGCCCGCUACUGCCUCGCCGCCGGCCUGGUCAUCGCCGAGAGGCUGCGCCCCUGGCGGCUGGUGAAGGUGCCGAUCAGCGCCUUGGUGCUCGCGCUCGAGCGGGCCGUCUGGGUAUUCAUCAGCGGCGACCCCUACAGGCUCCAUGACGCGCUGGGCCACGAAUAUCGAGAGGUGAAGCGGCACGGCUCCAGCACGCGGGGCUGGGGGGCCCCGCCCUUCUGGCAGCCGAUCCUCGACCUGGCCAGCCACCGCUCUGAGGUGUGGGACCUGCGCCGCCAGAGGGCGCUGCGCUGCCUCAUCCAGAACACCUACUGGCGGUUCAGGUGCGAGGCGCGCGACGGCUGGAGGCGCGAGUUCCUGGAGCCGCCUUUGCGGGGGGCGGCUGCGCGAGUCGAGCUCAUGGGCUAUCCGUUCACGGAACUGUUCGCAAGGGGGCUGUUUCUCGACAUCUCAGAGCUGGUCCAGAUACCGCCCCGAACCGACGACCUUUUCAAGCGCGCGACCAGCUGGACAGCUGGCUGGUCCAUCAGCGUCUUUGACAAGCACCGCAAGCUGGCCGCCGAGGCGUGGGGCUCGGUCCCGGAGUCGGAAGGACCUGAGCAGGUGGCCAGAGAUGGUGAGGACUACGCGGUGAAGGUCCUCGCCGACACCAUCGCUUGGGGCUCCUUCAAGCUCCGCUGCGACUGCCUUGCGACGGUGCGUUGUGCUGCCGGUCCUCUGGCGGCGGCCGCGGCGGGCAGCCAGCGAUCCCACCUCUGGGCUGGGCGGGCGGAGAGGCUCAAGGACGCGGAGGUCAUCGAGGUCAGGGCCUACUUGGGGCCGCAGGCAGUCAAGGAAGGGCUGAUCACGCAGUUCGAGCUCGAUGGCAACGCCAUGGCAGACGCCCGAGCUGAAGAAGGUGCCGCUGCAGUUCGAGCGGACAGCAACGACAUCCACUGCGUCGAGGGCGGCCAGUUCAUCGCCCGCUUCGCGGCGAGGUGUGCGGCAGCGCAGGGGGGGCACAUCGCAGGGUCGGGCCUCCGCGAUUCCAUGGGGGUCAAGGCCCUGGAGAUCGUCGACCUGGACGAGUGGCCCGCCGAUCCUGCCGGGGCCUGCGAG